ACUAUUUGUGUGGUCGGACGCUCUUCCGGACGCUGUCAGCUGUGAACACCGCAUCAACUGCGAUGAGUUUUGAGUGGCCCUGGCAGUACAAUUUCCCUCCGUUUUUUACACUUCAGCCCAAUGUUGACACGAGACAGAAACAGUUGGCAGCCUGGUGUUCCCUGGUUCUGUCCUACUGCCGGCAUCACAAGCUCUACACUGUGGAUGUCAUGGAAGCGCAGGAAAGUCCCGUGUUCAACAACAAGAAGAUAGAGAGAAAACUCUCAGUGGAAGCAAUUCAAGUUGUGUUUGAAGAGUUGAGGAAAAAAGGCAACCUGGAGUGGUUGGACAAAAAUAAGUCGCGGUGUUUAGUCAUGUGGAGACGACCAGAGGAAUGGGGGAAGUUAAUAUACCAGUGGGUGUCCAAAAAUGGCAUGAACAACUCUGUGUUUACACUUUAUGAACUCUCCAACGGUGAUGACACAGACGGUGAAGAGUUCCACGGUUUAGAGGACUGGAUGCUGCAGCGCUCCCUGCAGGCUUUACAGACAGAAGGAAAAGCGGAGAUCAUCGCUAUGGAUGACGGAAAAGGUGUCAAAUUUUUCUAAAGCGCCGCUGGAAUCACACUUUUACACUCCGACCGGGAAACAAGGCGGAUCUUUAGGAUGGGUCGCGCCUCGAUGCAGAGGUGGAUGCUGGUCCCUUAAAUGUUUUUGUAGUUGCCUUUUUGGUUCACAACCUUCUCUUUCUGGAAGAGAACCAUUAUUGUUUGCAGGAGGAAACAAAAAAAAAAAAAAAAAA